GACAGUGUCAAAGUAGCAGCUUGGAGCAGGUAGCUACGAGUUUUGUAUUGCAAAUAGAAAGGAGAGUGAGAGAAUAUGACUGGCACAGCUUCAUCUUCUGGGCAGCUGCAGUUUAUUGCGAGCACCGGCGGUAACCGGAGCUUGUCCAAUGCGCCCCUGAUUGAGAACUCCGAAACUGAUCAAAUUGUUGUACCUGAUAGGAAAAGCUGGAAAAACUUAUUUGCAUACGUGGGGCCCGGAUUUCUUGUUUCCAUUGCGUAUAUAGACCCAGGAAACUUUGAGACGGAUCUUCAGUCAGGGGCACAAUAUAAAUAUGAGUUACUUUGGAUCAUAUUGGUGGCGUCAUGUGCUGCUCUUCUAAUUCAAUCUAUGGCAGCCAAUCUUGGGGUUGUCACUGGAAAGCAUUUAGCAGAACAUUGUAGGACUGAAUAUUCUCGGGUACCCAACUUUAUACUUUGGGUUAUUGCUGAAAUUGCCGUAGUGGCAUGUGACAUUCCCGAAGUUAUUGGGACAGCCUUUGCAUUGAACAUGCUUUUCAACAUUCCUGUUUGGGUUGGUGUUCUUCUGACAGGAUUCAGUACAUUGAUCCUCUUAGCGUUACAGCAAUAUGGGGUUAGGAAACUGGAAUUCUUGAUUGCAUUUCUAGUGUUUACAAUUGCUGCAUGUUUUAUGGUUGAGCUUGGAUAUGCAAAGCCCGACGCCAAAGAAGUUUUGAAUGGUCUUUUUGUUCCAAAACUUAACGGGAAUGGUGCUACUGGUCUUGCAAUUUCACUCGUUGGGGCUAUGGUUAUGCCCCACAAUCUCUUUCUCCACUCAGCGCUCGUGCUUUCCAGGAAAAUACCGCGAUCAGUUCGUGGAAUCCAAGAAGCUUGCAGAUUUUACAUGAUAGAAAGUGCAUUUGCUCUUAUGGUGGCCUUCCUCAUAAACAUUUCAGUUAUUUCGGUUAGUGGUUCAGUUUGCAAUUCUUCAAACUUAAGUGCUGAAGAUCAAGUUAGCUGUCAGGAUUUGGAUUUGAACAAAGCCUCAUUUCUAUUAAGAAAUGUCUUGGGAAAAUGGAGUUCAAAACUAUUUGCAGUUGCUUUACUUGCGUCAGGUCAAAGUUCAACUAUAACAGGAACAUAUGCAGGGCAAUACGUCAUGCAGGGAUUUCUCGAUUUUCGACUGAAGUCAUGGAUUAGGAAUCUGUUAACUCGUUGCUUAGCCAUUGUUCCUAGUUUGAUUGUUGCACUCAUUGGUGGCUCUGCUGGAGCUGGGAAGCUCAUAAUAAUUGCAUCGAUGAUCUUAUCAUUUGAGCUUCCUUUUGCUUUGAUUCCACUUCUCAAGUUCACUAGCAGUAAAACCAAGAUGGGAGUGCAUGUCAACUCAAUCACGAUUUCGACGGUUACUUGGAUCAUUGGUUCCCUCAUUAUGGGCAUAAAUAUAUAUUAUUUAUUGACUAGCUUCGUCAAGUUGCUUCUUCACAGUCACUUAAAAAUGGUUGUUAAAGUGUUUCUGGGGAUAUUAGGAAUCUCUGGUGUGGCAGUGUAUAUGGCUGGCAUUGCUUAUUUAGUGUUUCGCAAAAAUAAAAAAGCUACGCACCUUGUGGCACUUGACAUGCCGGAAGAUCAGCAAAUAGCAAAUGAACAAGGCAAUGUAUCAAUGUAUAGUCUCCCAAGAGAAGACAUAAUAAGCAUGCAAUUACCCCAAAGAAGUAGUCCAGCAGAAUUUUACUAAGAAAUAUUUCAAUUAGGUAGAUUAGCAAGAUCGUGAAGCUUUUGUCU